UGCAAUCGUAGUUCUUACAGUGACAGAAAAGCUCAAUUAUUUCGAUUUGCAAACAUAUAGUUGAAUAGAUUAUAACUGUCUACAAGCAAUAUUUUUUUGGUUCAAUUACAGCAAUUACUGAAUGCUGUUCUAUCGUAAAUCUAAUUUCUCUUAACGAAAUAAUUUAUUCGUUAUACUUUCAAAGAAGAUAUAAUGGAUCAGUGGGUGAUUAAUAAAUUAACCGAGUGGGAUCUGAAAAAAUGGGAAACUGCAUUCAAAGAUGAAGAGGUCUCAGAAGAAUCUUUCAAGUGCUUGACUCAAAGUAUGAUUGAAAAACUUAUACCAAAAACUGGUCCUCAAGCAGUAUUUUUGAAACGUUGGAAUUCUGAGUUUAGAAAAUCAAAUAAUUCUGAACUAAGCGGUGCUGAAUCAAGUUCAAGCCAAAAAGAGAUUGAUGUAAAAACGAAAUCUCAAGUUGUGACAAUUGAAACAUGUGAUCCUAUUAUUAACCUUGAAGAUACUCUUAAAAGGUCUGUACUUGGUAUAGCUGUUUUGAAUCAUUUUCGACAACACCAGUCAUUGUCUAUGAAAACACGAUCCCUGUUGGCUGAUGCCAUUUUGCAUGUUGAAAUGCGAACGGAUACUUCGAUGUUGGUUCGAACUCAACGCUUUGAAGACUUACGAGACAUGAUUAUCAAAAUGUUUCCACGUGAAGAUCAAAAAGAUUGGUAUUCGCCAUCUUUUUCGAAUAAAAGAGAAAACAAACAUGUGCCUUGUUCAGGUUUGUUGAAUCAAAGAUAUAACUUUUUCCGUCGUUUAUUAUGCGAUUCUGGUUCUGUAUACAGUGCUAGGGGGAAAAAACGAACUCAUGCUGAAACAAUGUAAUUUUUUCUGGAGAAAUAGCCCACGGAGAGAAAUCCGCAGCAAAUAAUGCUGUAGAGUAUCGAACAAAUUUUACUGUAGUCUACUGGAAAUUGAGAAGUUGCGUGGGGAGGCCACCAGGAUCGACUAGAAUUUCCUACUACACUACAGUAAUUUUAAUCAAAACAAAACAAAAAAACAACACAAAAAAUUAAAUAAAACCUUAUUGUUUAAACAUCAAAAUAAAAAUGUAACGUGUUUAUUAAUUUUUAAAAAAUAAACCAUUUUAUAAUUUCCAUGUGUUUCACCGCAUUUUUAUUUAGAUUCAUAAAUAAAAUAAAAACAAUAAACUUUUUUAGAAGAGGUUAGGAACACACUUGAUUUCCAAUAAAUAUUCGUGUCAUCUGGCGGGAAAACUUGCUGUACACUACAGUAAUUUCUGGCAUAAAGUAUACCAUUAACUCAAGACUUCCAAAAAUUCCGGUAGACUACAGUAAAAAAAUUUAGAUGAAAUAUGAUAAUAAUCAUUAUAAUAAGUGGGAAUUAGUCGCUUUAAUGACGUCGGCUAUGAUUUUUACGAUACCACUACAGUAAUAUAUGCUGUGGAUUUCUCUCCGUGCAUGAUAAAUUAUACACCGUAAAAAAUCUUGAGGAUAAUGAUAAAAUAAAUGCAAAAUAAGAAACAAUACGAGAAACAUUGUCAAAACUCUAAUAAUUAAUAAACAGUGUAUUUCUAUUAUAAUAAUAUAAAAAAUUAAAUAAUCCACACAAAAAAAAUUAUAAUGUUAAUAAAUGGAAUGUAAUGUCCUGCGGUAAGCGCACCAAUUUUUUUUUAUUUUUAUUUUUAAAUCUUUCAAUCUUAUUAUAUAUUCAGGGUAUAUUUCGAUACCCCGAGCUCCAUCUUACGUAAUACAAAAGUAAUAUAUUUUGGGGAACCAAAGAAUUGGCCCCCUCAAUGAUUUUCUUGAGCCGGCACUAAUGCCAAGCGGCAAUACCGCCAAUUUUAUUAAUUGAUUUAACAGAUAAAUUAGCACAGUGAGUGAUAUCAACAGAAUCGUAAAAAUACAAGGAUUCUCUUGAUACCACUCAUGUUAUAAAAUUUUAAUUAGAAAUAUUUUUAAUCAAUAAAUAAAGAUCACGCUUUUGAGCUGACCAAUAGAAAAAAAAGUAGACUAAGGAAAAUAGGAAUUGGACCAGGAGAAAACCGAACGUCUCCGAAAGAUCCCCACUUUUCUAAGGGCUGAUUGAGUCCCAAACUUAAUCGAUCUAGAUUUUUCACUUCACUUGGUCCGCAGUCUCUGCACCAUAACUAGCUCUUCCAGCUCUAAUUAAGUUGUACUUAA